AUUAAGAAACAUUACGUUGUUUCCUUCACUAAGGAUAUGUUGUAGAAUAGUCCUUUUAACAGAAUUUCAACAAUGCCUCUGUAUUCAUACAUUGUUGGUUUGAUUGUGGCAUGCAUUUCGUAUGUGGUGUAUCAAAAAUACGCUAAUGCUUACACUAGCAUCAUUGUGAAACCUGAAAAAAGAUAUGAUUAUAUUAUUGUGGGAGCUGGGACAGCCGGUUGCGUCCUCGCAGCUAGACUCUCAGAAAAUCCCAAAACAAAGGUUCUGCUACUUGAAGCCGGAGACCACAUGGGCUACUUUACAAAGAUCCCUCUGAUGCCUACUGCUGCACAGCAAGGACCCAACGACUGGUCUGUAAGGACAAAAUCGCAGAAAUUUUCGUCUUUUGGGCUUUGGGAUCAGAUCCAAAUAAUCCCCAGGGGCAAAGGGCUUGGAGGCUCAGGGCAGAUCAAUUUCCUACUCCACGGAUUUGGUGUUCCCGAGGACUACGAGCGGUGGUCUAGAAAGGACUUCAAAGGCUGGACGUGGAAGGACUUAAGACCGUACUUUAUUAAAGCUUUUGGAACUUCCAAAAGUGAGUUUGAUUCUGAAUACUGUGCUGUCGAUGGAUACUGCCCAGCUGCUAAGGCGCCAAUGAAGUUAAAGCAAAUCGACGAGCAGGACGACCUAAUGAAUACAUUCAGACAAGCUUCAUACCUUCUUAAAGACAAGUAUACGAUAUUUAGAAGAGCCACAGCCACUAUAAAAGAUGGCGUGAGACGAGGGACCUUCGAUGCUUAUCUUAAACCUGCUUUGAAGAGAAAAAACUUACAAGUUUUACUGAAAACGCAGGCUAUAUCCAUCCGUUUCGAAAACAAAACAGCAUCGUCGCUAUACAUUCUGCAGAACCAUCGUGACCUGAACAACAUUUUCGUGAACAAGGAGAUCAUACUGUCCGCAGGAGCUAUUAAAACUCCUCAGCUAUUAAUACUGUCAGGUGUUGGACCGAAGGAGUUGGUGGAAAGAUUAAGAAUAAAUAUAAUUGCACCCAACGAUCAUAUCGGCAAAAAUCUCCACGAUCACAUGAACAUUCCUGUUUUUAUAAGCAUUAAGAAACCUAUCAGUGUUACAUUGUCCAAGGUGUUUGCUUUUGGCAGCGUUUGGGAUUUUUUCCGGAACGGAAAAGGGAUUUUAUCAUUCCCACCAGUAGCUGGUGUGGAGUACCAAAAUUCUUCAGCGGUAAUGUUGUUUGCAAUGGGGACUACGAGUGAGAGACUUCUCAGAGAAUUGUCCAACUAUAUGCCAAAGGUAUACCGCGACACAUUCCCGUUCCAUAAUGACACGUCGAAAGAAGGCUUCAUGUUUCUAUCCACUUGUGUUCAACCGAAAAGCAGAGGUUCCGUCACGUUGAGAGACUCCAGCACGUCUAUACCGCCUGUCGUUGACCCGAAUUAUUUGCAUCACGGUUGGGAUGUACGGUGUAUGAUUAAAGCAUUACGUCGCGUUGAAAAAUUGACAUUAACGAAGCCAUUUCAAGACAUUGGAGCGCGAAUCCACUGGCCUAGACCCGAGCGGUGUAUGACUUUCUGGAACUACACAAAGGAGGAUCAGACUGGAUUUGUUGCGAGACGAAGAAAAAAGCUCAAGCCUCAAGGUAUAACUCUAAAAACAAAAGAACCAAAACUCAAAGACAUAUCUCCUGAAAAACCUCAAGUCCUGAAAAGUCCUCCAGAUGAAUUCUUGGAGUGCCUGGUAAGAGAGGUGGCCGUAAUUGGACAUCAUGUUGGUGGAACCUGUGCAGGUGGUACAGUGGUGGAUGCUCAGCUUAAAGUGAAGUCAAUAUCAGGAGUACGAAUCAUGGAUGCCAGUGUAUUACCAUCACCGCUAUCACUGUACCCCAACUCUGUACUUGUUGCUAUGGCCGAGAAGGCAGCUGAUCUUAUUAAAAAUGCUAAUUCACAAUAA